AAUCGUCGGCGGCUGCAGACCGAUUCUUAUGGCAAGGAAAUUGGUGGGUCCGCGGGGUUAGUGAUGGGAGCAUGAAAAUGAAACAUCUUUGUUUAUUACAAAUACAAAGCCCUGACCCGUACUUUUCUGCCAUUUUUUCCACUAAUGUAAACAAAAAUUUCCUACUUUUCUUUCUUCUCCUCCCUUAAACCCGCGUCUUCUUUCCCCUUUUAUUAUACCCGUCUCCGUGUCGACCUCCUCCUAUUCUUCGGUUAAAUUCUGGUUCCACCAUCUCUCAGGCAAGGCUGGCCUUGAAGAGGCAGAAACGGAGAAACUGAAGCAAUUCCUUCUGAUCUUCAAACCAGUUCGUCUCUCUUGGUUCAUAGUCAGAGAAACCUAGGUUAGUUAAAGUUGUAAUUUUGAUGAGCAGUAGGCUUCUGCUAUUUAUCCAUAUCCAAGCUGAUAAAUCAGGGUAUAACCAGCUUUUGUUUUCCUUUACCAAUAUAUUUCGCAUUAGUAGUUGAUUGUCAAGUCCAAUUGUGAUGAAAUACACACCGAUUCUGGCUUCAGAAGUUAAUGUUGUACACUAGGUUGUGGACGGUUGUGUUUUAAAAAGGGGGCUUUCUUGUUAUAGCAAGUGAUGCCCUGCUUUUUAUAUUCCAGGCAAGGUAACUUUUCUAUAUGCAUGAUAAUAAAGAUUUAGUGGUGUCUACUUUUCUCUUGGCGUGUGUUAUUUAGCUGAUUGGAUAUGAGUUGAAUAGUAUUAGUAGUUCCCUGAGAGCUGAGAGUGUUAAUUUGGAAGGAAGGUGUUUGAGCUGCUCUAUGCUUCAUGGGAACAGUGUUUUGCAGGCUGUUUCGUCGUUCUUUUUCAUUUUUAUUGUUUUCCACUUCUUUCCAUUGGUAGCAUGACCAUUUUUACAUAUCAACCGUUUUUUCAAAGCGUUUUUAUCAAGGAACUUUUGCAAGUUAUUCAUAGUUGUUUGUAUAGCAUCUUUGUUCAUACAUAAAUAGGAUGCUAAUCAGGAGGCUGUGGUUCGGUUAUUCUAAGGAUCUUGUCAUAUCCUUUAUUUUUUUAUAUUUAGUCCAGUCAUAGCUUUUAUCUUUCCUGGGGCUGAAGUUGAAACAGGAUAAGUAGUUGAGGAGGAUAACCUGGUUCGUGGCAUACAUAGAAAUUAGAAAAGAAGCAUGAUCCUUGUGAAGCAUGAUGUAAAAUGGAAUCUAUAUGGGGUUUGGUGCGUUGGACAGUGUACUAACCUUUAAAUUUGUGCAUAUAAUUUUGUCUCAUCUCUCACUCACGUAUUCACAAGGCUAUUUUGACAAAAUUGUUUCUGAGAUGUAUGCACAUGACUAGCGUAGAUAUGUCUCUAAAACUACAAUGAAUUUUCUACUCCAAU